GUAAUUACUUCGAGGGUACAAUAAGUUUUCCCUCCUGAACCUGUCACACGGAAUCAGUGCUUCUUGGGUCGUUCACGGGUGGAGAGUAACGGUGGACGGCCUGUUAUUCCUGUACAGGCGGCGAGGAUGGGGCGGAAAUAGUGCCUCAAGACAAUAACUACAACGUUUCAUGUGAGCUCUGCCUGCAUGAAGCUGGAGAAGUCGGAGAAAGCCGCCGUAGCUCCGAGAUAGCGGAAAUUGUGGACAGAAGAUGCUCCCGAUUGGGCCUCGAAGAUGGUUUGAGUGAAGAUGGGUGAGAGGAAGCUCAUUCACCAUCGGUGUCUAGCAGUGCAGCUGCUUAAGAAGGAGUCCCUAGUGUCCUCACCUGUCAGCAGUGACAACAGUAGUGGAGACACUGCCACUCCUGUCAAUGACCUUGCCACAACUGCCACAACUCCUGCCCUCCAGGAUGGCCUCCACCUCUUCAGGGUGUGGCAGGCAGCUAAUGUGGAGUGUGCCUGGGAUAAGGAGUUGGUGGAGGCUGCCAAGGCUGUGCAGUACUUGGGCCACCUGGUGGGUGGCGUGGUGUUGGUGGGGGGACCCGCCAAUGCGCUGGCCACCCUUUCCUUGGCAUGGUCCAGGUCACUGCUUGCCGCUCCCUCAGGCUAUUCACUAACCAUGCUUGGAGAGGUGCAGGGCUUGAGUGUGGCUGUGGUGCCUCAGGGACAGUUCACGCCCUUGGCUGACGCCCUCUGCUGGGUGGUGCACCACCUCACCCGUGAUGGCUGCAAAGCUGGGGCUGAGGCUGUGAGGGAGGCCCUGGAGGUAUCUUUUCCCACUAUGAUGCCUCCUGUUCCCUCCCAUGUGCAUGCAAUUCUCUCCAGCCUCAUCCAGCAGUGCAAAGUGUACUACACAGGCACCACCUAUGGCAUCGUUCAGCCAGGCACCUACCGCCCCUUCCUCGCCCCUCCAGCUGCUCCCCCUUCAGCUACCUCUCCUGUCAUGAUGAGGGAUGGCAUGAUGACCUCUGCUGCCCAGACUGACUUGGCAGAGCUCAUCACUGGGGCUGCUCAGUCCUCAGACAGAGUCAUCGCCCCCACACUGCCAGGUGGAGGGAGUGGCAUGAAGACAAAGGCUUCCUCAGACACAGAACACAUAGAUCACCACCCAUUGUACACCAACCACCACCGUCACCACCACAACGCUGGCCGUGCUGCCUCCCUCCGGCUGUCCCCCGCCAGGGCCUCCAUCCUGGCCACCCACCUUGCUGCUGCUGCUGCCACCACCACUGUCCACACCUACCAGGCACUAAACUUCUCUGACAUCAGUAUCAGAGGGGAGCGAGGGUCAAUGUUUAGCAAGCUGCUCAGGGUUCCCGGCCGCCGCCGCAUUGCUUCCUUCGCUGCCCAGUUUCCCCCACCGGAGUGGAAUGACAGCCAGGCCCCCGUCAUUCACCUUCACUCCGUUGCCGUCCAGACCUCCACACAGCAGAAUGAGGUCAAAGCCUGGCACUGGUCAGCCUCCCAGUGGACUCCUCGGUCUGCCACGCUGCCUCGCCGCCUCAGACGACCCCAAUCCUCUAGCCCUCCACCUCCCAAGAGCCAGCAGUCUUCUCCAGUGCCAAGGGGGUUUACCUCUCUCCUCCAGUUUCACGUGCCUGUCCCUCAUCACAUGAGUCCUCCUUGUCACCACAAUCAUGCAGACAGAAGGUCUAGGAGUUACAGGUUUCACUCCCCAGGUCAUCAGAGGAAUGAGACCAGAAGUUGCCACUCAUCAAGCAGUGAAGAUAUUGCUGACCACAGGCCACCAGUCACUCAGAAUUACCAUGCUAAGAGAGGAAACCAAACAGGUGACCAAUGCUUAAAGGGCAAAGAACAAAGUGUAGCUUUUAUGAGUCCAGCAGGUGCCAAAGUCUACAAGCAGCAAGCUGUGGAUCCAUCCAAAUCUGAGGAGAGACUCUUAGAAAUGAUGCAGGACUCUCACUUGAGGAGUGAUGAAAAUGAUGUCACUGGUGGCAGGCAACAAAGCUGCAAACCAAGGCAGGAGAAGGUAAACCACAGGAGGAGUGCCACAGGCCACCCGCCACACAACAGACACAUUAAACCCAGGAAGCACAAACCUCCUGAUGGUAAAUUUGAGAAGAAUCAACAAGCUAGAAAUUCUCAGGCAUCUUUGGAAAAUCAAGUCCAUAUCGUUUCUCAGGAUGAAAAUACACCUGAUGACAUAAAGCAGGUGAUGAAAAAUGCCACAGAGGUGAUGCAGAGUGAGAGUGGCAAGGAGAAGCAUCUGUACCAGCGAUCAAACCUCCAGUUAGACCUAACCCAAGACCACAUGAACAACUGCCGCAAAGUGGUGGCCUCCCCUCAGCGGCCUCAUGGCCUCACCACCAACCUGCUCCACCAGGCUCCUGACCUGCAGCACAUCACCAAGGGCUCCACACCUGACCUGACCUCACGCAACCUGGGCUAUCAGGAGGUUGACAAGUGCCACAAAAAAAUGUGCAGCCAAACGCUUGACCAGUUGCACAAACCGCCGCCGCCUCCCGCCUCUCACAGCAGGAAGUCAGUGGGCUCCCCUGGCAGUAAGGGCUCUCCUGGGGGUCUUGAGGAGGGUGAUGCUGGGCUGGACAAGAGGUCAGUUAGUACUUAUCCAAGUCUCUCUGAGCUGAAUCUGACCUUCAGCUCCCUGGCUGCACAAAAGAUACUGAGUGGUGUCAGCGUCAACAGUCUAGACACACUUGCCGAGGUCAACAUGGCAGCUCUGAAGCACAAAAGUAAUACUGUAACCUCAGCCCUAACCAAUACCGAUCUGGGCUUUGUAUGAGGCGGAUUCUGGUUGCAGACUUGUAAAAAGUGACCCUUAUUAGCCUGAGUUCUAACUUGGGUGUUGUGGCAUAAAGGAACGAACUGAUCCACCAUUACGAAUAAUUCAGCUGUUCUGUGGAAAUACACCGGUAUGAUUCUGGUUCUUGACUGUAACGGAUGGCAGCUGAGCUGUGACUUUUAGCAGCUGGACUGUUAUUACUGGUAACAUGACUGGCUACCAUGGCUACUAUUUACUGGCGUGAGUUCCAUCAGCAGAAGUGUGACAACUGGCAGCUGGACUGUGACUAAUGGUAACUGGACUCAAGAACAGUAAAAGCCUGUUACUCAAAAUUACAUUGGUCAUAGAAUCUCAGUAGCCUGAACAGGAAAUCUGAUAUUACUCAGUGUGUACAAACGUAUUUAUAGUGAUCUGACUACCUGAAAAAUAUGCUGAUCAGGACAGAAAUGGAUCUAAUGCUGUUUGGAUAACUAAACUUUUCCUGUAGUCCAGAUAGGAACUAUAUUACCUAUUAAGUGGCUCACAUGAAACAUGACAAUGCUGGCUUCUUAAACUACUCUCAGGUCUAGUUUUCUUAUUAAUAUGAAUGACUAAUAAUAGUUUUGGUAAGCAUAAUACUCAUUUAAACAGCCUGUAGGUGAAAUAUCAGUGUUGAUGAUGCUGUGUAUGUAGUACAAAGAUGGUUGUCAAAAUUUUAUACAAUUAAGGUGCUUUGAGAGGAAAAGUUACAUUUUCUCAUGUUUUUACACAUUCUUUUUAAGAAAUAACAAUGCAUUAUUUUGCUAAUUAAUGUUAAAUAUCUAAAGGAAAUCCAUAAAAGUAUUAUUUAUUAAGUAUAAUUUCCUUUGCAUCUUUAAACCCAACUCAAUAUUCAUGAACCUUUCUUGAGUAACACGUGACUCAGAAAAAAAGCCAAUCACACAAACAAUAUUGGUCUACAGGCACAUCAAAGAAAUGUACAAAGACCAAUACACUGUAGGAACAUAACUGGACAGAGAAACAACCCAUAUAUCUGCACUUCACUCUGUAUUCACAAUACACCUCGCAUUCAAUUUGUCUUCUUUAAACAUAGAAAAUAUUUCUCUUAAAAAUCUGCUAUACUUUUAAAUAACACUCAGAUACAUAUUUAGUAAAAUAUUCUACAAAUAGAAUAUGUAUGAUAAAAUCUUUUAUUGGAUUCUUACUAAAAGGUGGUUGUGAUCAUGGUGUAAACUUGUCCUUGUGGACCCCAACUAGAUGCUACAAGAAUCAUUUGGCCUUGAAUUUUGAGCUAUGCCCUCACAGGCUACUAAGGACUCAGCCUGCUAGAAUUCUUAGGCUGUCCUUGUGAACUUGCCAGGGCCAUCAGACUCAUUAAAAUAGAGGAGCAAGUACAACUAUCAACUUCUACUUUAAAUAUCUUAGCAUUCCCUUGAAUAUUAAAAACAAAGGAAUAAAAAAGUGAGCAUCAGGCCAUUUUGUACUUGAGCAGAGCACCACCACAAGCACCUCCAACCCCACACUGGGUACACCUCUCCCUCCCACCAUCUGGAAGUCCAAAGGAACCAACUUGGUCUGAACAAGAUCUAGGAAACCUCACAGCUAAUUUAUUGCUUAUUAUACCUGGCACUUUUCAAUGCAUAAUCCUGUCAAACAAAUCCCAAUACUAUUCCACUUUCCUGUUGCUUAUAUUUAUGCAUUUUUGGCUGACUGAGCCUCGGAGACUAGUGGACAUGGCCUGACAGACAUCACAGCUAAAGGAGCCACAAGCCACGCUACUUCCCCUACUCAGGCAGGUGACGGCAGCUCAGUGUGGUUACCUACAUUGUUUGGUCUUUUAAUUUCAAGGUUUUGGCAAAGUUAAAAAAACUCAUCAGAUCCUAUCAUACUGAUGAGUGUUAAUAUUUCUAACUUAGAAAUUAAAGUAAACAGUCUGAACAUGACAACUAUAUUCAUGAAAAAAAUACAUAAUCAGUUUCUUAAACUUUUUAAGGAUAUAGUCAAUUUUAGUUUUUCUUUAAUAAUUUGUAGAGGACAAAGGGGUAAAAUAUUUACCAAAUUUGAGUGGAUGGUAGAACCUCAAGGUUAUGAGCCCAGCACGUUUAACCCUUUCCAUCCGUGACGCAGACGUCGGCGUCACAGUAUGGAAAGGGUCAAGAGGAAAUGGAUAAGGAUUAAUCCUCUUCUAAACCUCUCAAUCCUCCUCUAAAUUCCUCUUCCAUUUCCUCUUAAGAGGUUUAGAAGAGGACUAACCCUCUCCAUACAGUGAUGCCGUCGGACUCCGACGUCGCUGGAGUGAAGGGGUUAAGUGACUGUCUGAAGUGCCAUCCACCAGCAGGCAGUCAGCAAAAUGGGGUUCCAUACAAUCAGGUCACUAUGUUUUGAACAUCAUGUGAACAGUCAUAGUAAGAACACACCAAGGAGAUCCUCA